AUGCAGCGACCUGGAACCUUACCCAAUGUCCAGACUGUUUCCUCCGCCAGCGCUUCCCGCGGCUCCGCCACCCUAGCGUUUUCUCCUAGACCCGUCGCACUUCAUGCGCAGUCGGUAGCGCCGUCAAUCGCGUCCUCCUGUGCACGUGUCGCUCUCAGCCUGAAGCAACACCGUCAGUCGCGGGUCGUGCUCUCCUCUUCCUUCGCCUCUCCUUCGUUCUCCACCUCUCUCUCCCACUCACAUCCCUCGUCUUCGUCUCCCCAUUGGUCUCACACGCGGCUUUCCAAAAAUCGCCUAUCCGUACGCGCUACAGCAAUCCCCGCUUCUGUCGCCACCGCUGUGCAGCCAAUUGUAGAUGCCUUCCUCCUCCUGCCUGCCACGUGGCAAUCCGCUCUCCUUGUCACGUCCACAAUUUUCGCAGUCGGGCUGCCCGGACUGCUCGCCGGGCUGACCGUGCCAGGGGUGAUGUCCGCGUUUCUCCUGGGUGUGACUGUAUGGAGGGCGUUCUUCUGGCCGGGCUUCCUCAUCGUCUGCCUGUACUUCAUUCUUGGAACACUGGUAACCAAGGUGAAGCUGAAGCAGAAGCAGCAGGAGGGGAUAGCAGAGAAGCGGAGCGGGCGGCGGGGGCCAUGGAGCGUGGUGGGAUCAGCAGCUGCUGCAGUGGUGUGCUGCCUGGGAGCCAUUGCUGCUGCAGGAGGGGGAGCUGGAGUGGGGAUGGAGGGGGUGGUGCUGCCGAGUGUGGCGGUGUGGCAGCUGGGUUAUGUCGCCAGCUUUGCUACCAAACUGUCGGACACUGCUGGAAGUGAGAUUGGCAAGGCAUUUGGCAAGCGCACUUUCCUGGUGACUUCCUUCCAGCCAGUUCCCAGGGGCACAGAGGGCGCAGUGAGUCUUGAGGGAACGUUGGCAGGUCUGGCGGCUGCUGUGGUGCUGUCCGCUGCUGCUCUGCUCACCAAUCAGGUGACCUCUGUUGGAGCCAUCUUUUGCAAACUGGCAUCACGAUUUGUGGCGUGUGAGCCUGGUUGGAGCCCUCUUCUGCAUACUAGCUUCACAAAUUGCAAAUUUUGGAGAGAGUUAUGUGGGGGCUACACUCCAAGACAAACCCGGUUACGAAUGGAUGACAAAUGA